AAAUGCUGAAGUGGACUGUGUCCCGAUCUCUCUCGACGGCGAGUUCGACGCCUCACGGACCCCCGCAGCCAAACCGGACCCGACGACCCUUCGGCGACCUGUCAAACACUCCCCCCACUCCACGGUCCCAGACUCAGUCCCAGGUUAAUCCGAUUCGUUCUACGCCUGCGCGCAGGCGAAGAUGCCGAAGCCACGGGAGCGACCUGCGCGCUUACUUUCAAACGACGAAGCCGAAUCUGCGUUCGGCGAAGCGACAAUCGAUGUCUCGAGCGAAUGGUAAGACCGAGAAUUUCGAGAGCUUUUAUCAGAGCACUCCACGCGUCGACGCCGACAUUGGGCCGCUGACUUUGUGCCCGGAAUCGGUCGCCGGAAGGCGGACCGUCGCCAUGACGCUUCCAGCGAAUCCCAGUCUCCUCGCAGCCGCUGGUACAACGCUGCGCACCAACGCGGAACUUCCACAAAACCUGAUGAACGAGGCUAGGGUCAAUCUGCAGUCCCACGUGUCCGACUUCUUUCAGCAAAUCGCCGUCGCCGCUAGUCCCGAAGACAUGAUGGAGGCUGAUCCCGUCGUCCCUCUUACCAAGAGUCGAAUUUAUUCACAAAACUGUGAUUUACGCAGGGUGACAUUCCCCGCAGACUUCUGCCGCACCCCUCACGUUCCCAAACUUGCCAAAAUAACCAAGCUCCACAACCGCUGCCGAACUCCCUAUCAUACCAAGGCUCCAGGUACAUCCAGGAGUCCGUUCAAGUCCAAAGAACCAUCGAGCGUCGGUCAGACUCCGCUGAUAGCCAGAUUGAACCACCUCAACCUGGACCACGACCUCGCGGUGAAGUUUGAAAACGUGGACAACACGGUGACGGAGGUACUACACAAGGACCAGGAGGCCUGCAGCGCGAUCGUAGGUAAGUCGGUGGCGGAAAUUCUCGCCUCUGAUGAGAGUGAGAGACUUAUUGCCCGAGAGGGUCAGCCCAGUCCCGUCGCUUCAACCGAUCCUAGAAAUUCGUUCGGCGAAUGCGGUGAGGACCGACGAGAAUUCGUCGCUGAGCCGCCGGAGACGAAGCAGAAAGUUGAGAGUCCAGACGAGUUGAUGGAGAGCGAAGAGAAUGUCUACGAGACAAUCGAGGAUGUUCGCAGAGUCGACGAACCGGUUGCCGAACACAACGACAGCUCCGUAUCGUCGGCCAGUCAACUCCUCGAGGAUCCUUCGCCGAUGUCCUGGGCGGCCGCCUCGCCUCUCGAUCUCGACGGUCAAUUCACCCUGAGGAGGCAGCGCGGCAUUCGCCGUAAAAGGACCGGCCAGCAGCGCGACCUUCAAGACACGGAUGCGACCUUCUUCGGGGUGAGACGAAAACGCGCCAAGAGACGGUCGGCGAGUUUGAGUCCGCAGAAGAGCGCAGUUCCAUAUCGCGAAGCGAGUCCUACCGGGUUUAUUUACGAGGCUGUUAACCUGGAGGUGAACAAAUGCGUCCUUGAAACCAACCUCGACGCCUCUUGUGAGGCUGGAACUGCCUCCGUCAGCAAACAAUCCUUCUGCCCGAGCAUCGAAGAGCGGAAGACCGAGGAUUCCAGCUCCCGGAAAACCUUAUGCUGGGACCUCGACAGUCCAAAAUCCUCGAUGAACGACGAUUUUCACAGCUCAAAGUCGUUCUUAACUUCGGUUUCCGUCACCCCAGAAGCACCUCUCGUCGCCACGGUCAGAAGAUGCUUGAAGUACAGUCCCGAGGGGGAAACCUAUCAGCCAUGCAGUUCUCGGGGGUCGAUUGAAGUCGAAUUAUCCACCCAGGGUGACCACAUACGGGUCCGCGUGAUAAGGUGCAAGGAUUUGAAGAGAGCCUACGAAGGGCCUGUCCAUGCCUACGUGAAAGCAACGCUUAGGAAAUCCGACGGGGAGAUAAACACGGUGAAAAGGACCGCCGUCCACAGGGCAACGCCAAACCCAAUCUUCAACGAAACCCUGAUACUGCCCUGGACCAACAACAACAACAAUUCACCUGCGAAAUCGGCCACCCUGGACAUUGCUGUUUGGCACAGGGAUCGCAGAGCGAGGCGCAGUGAACUCCUGGGCUGUAUGACUCUACCCCUGCCUUUAUCUCAGGACAAGGAGGCAACAUGGCACCCCCUAGAAGUUGGGUCAGGACGGAAUUCGAGCACACCUUACUCAGGAGUAACCCAAGACUGCGAAGUAACGCCGCCAGUAACAAAAGAAGGAGAUCCAGAUAACAAUAACAGCGGAUCUGAGGAUCUGACGUACCUGAGGCACCUGGAGCUGGAGCCGAUAGAUCCGUUAACUGGUCAACCUCUCCAUCCAGGUUUCGCUGCGCGGGGUGGCAAGACACCCUGCACAACGACGAGGAAGAUGACGAGGCCGAGCACUAGCCAGCAGCAAGUACCCUGGGGAUUCUCGCUGAGCUGGGGAAAACCGCCAAAAGUCGAACGCGUGGAUAGCGGAAGUCCUGCUGAGAGAGCAGGCCUGAGAUCCGGCGAUUACGUGGUCUUUAUUGAGACGACGAACGUCGUUACGAAACCAAGGGAAGAAAUACUCGCCCUUAUUCAGAGAGCAACGAACCAGUUAUUACUCGAAGUGUACAGAAAAGGCGGCGUGCAAACUCCGCACAGGCGAAGCACCGUCAUUCUUCAGGGUCCGAUUCCAGUCAGCAAUCUUCCGCACACAGUCACUUUCACCGCAGAGGCCUUCCCUAACUUGGCGCCAGACGCACCCCCCGAAGAGGAACUGGCGAUUCGAGAGACUCGGUAUAGCAGCUGCCUAAAAAGCGGUCACACGAGAUUCACGGUUCCGUUGUCCGAGCGCAAAGAUAUACUCUCUUCGGCCGACCAUCUCAUCCUUUUUCAAAACUUGGACGAGCUUCUGAAAUUAUCUGAGGAGAUUCAGGAGGCUGGUGGAGGUCUGGAGUGCUAUUUGUCUAAAGUUCCUAGAAUCACAGCCGCGUAUAGGAGGUAUUUGAGCGGCCUACAAAGGGCAUGUUGUCUCCUGGUUGCACUCAGACGCAAUACUGCCUUUGCAAGGCUGGCCUGUGAGCCUGCAGUACCUCAAAAAAGGCGACCGGAUCUUACCGGAGUCCUACUUCUUCCGUUGGAGCAUUACAGAGAAAUGACGAGACUAGUGAGCUUGGCGUGUUCAAAAAACUGUAGAGAAGCUAGAGACUUGGCUCAGGGAUACAGAGAAGCAACGGCCAACGCCGGUGUAAUGGAACCUCCGCGGGAUACCGGAAGGCCUUUGUUAAGCCUGCAGGAAGUCGAGUCCAGGCUAGUUUUUGCCCGGUGUAAACCGUUCACCUUAGCGAUGCCGGGCAGGCAAUGGUUGUUCGGGGGUGCCUUAGCGAAGGUAGAGGGCCGAGCUCGUUUGCAACCAUCCUGGGCGUUGCUGUUGACUGAUCUCCUAGUCUUCGCCAGGGUAUCCCGUGAUCGAGUUUUGUUUGUGACCGAGGAACCACUGAGAUUGGCGGACAUAGCUGAAGCCUGUUUCACGAUCAGAAAACGACCCACGGAGUUCAGAUUACAGGUUGCAGUAUCGCCAGGAGGUCUUUCUGGUGAGAAUGGUAACUUGGAAGGUACUCACAGCGGUGGCUGCAGUCCUCAUGGUAGACCCAGGAGAAGAGUAUUAAUUCUGAGGACGCCGAGUCCGGAACUCAAAGCUGUGUGGCAUAAUCUUCUUCAGAGGCAAAUAAUUUAUGUAAAUACAGGCUGCGGAGGUACACCAGACAUUAUCAGCCCCGUAGACAGUCCUACUACUGUAAGCAAUUUCACUACCGCAAGAGAAUCAGUCGGAAGUCGUCAGGUACAAAUGGGAAAUCAAAAACUGGAUGAAGAGACCGAGCGAUCCGGUGAAAGUUUAGAUACAAUUUUGAAAAAUUCCAGUAACAACCACAACCAUCUCGCGCAAUGGGUUCGCAAUUCUCAUCAGAUCCCGCCACCGGAUACUGAAGGGCCUCUGGAAGAGUGGACCCUCGAGGAGUUGGUAGCGAGAACCCCGAAAGAAAGCAAUUCGAGGCAGAGUCACGAUGUCACGUCCGAGGAAAUCGUCACGGUUAAUUCAGACGCGGAACAACAAAGCACAGCGUCAAGUGCCAGUCUGAGUACAAUCAGGUCAAGUAGUCUGACAGGGAAAAAGACAGGCAACCACGUUACGAUAAGAGAAAAUUCAUCCGGGUCUGUAAAUAUUUGCAGAAGAUGCCACAGAUCCGGAUGUCCGACUCCGCCACUACCCAGGGAUCCAUUCUCACCCUUACCUCCAAAAAUAUCCGUGCUACCACCGACUCCGGACUUGUGUACCAGGCACAGAUUACACAACGGAAUACACGAUAGUCGAACGAAUAGUCCAAACUGCACACCUGCCGAUGGAAAUACGGAGGAUGGUAGCGAGGACGAUUUGGACUGUGACGGUGACGGUGAUCUUCCGUACAGGACAUUGAGAAGGUUUGGAACUAUGAGCAGUUUGGACCAGGACGAUGACCUGGAUGACCAGCCGGACGAUGAAAACCAAGACAUGGAAUCACCCCCAUCUGGUCUGAGAGCCUGGACGGCAAGAGCGAGCAGUUACGUAGUGAGUAAAAUGGCACUGCUGGAACAGUUGGGUGAAGUUGUUGGGGGUCACCUCUUACAUCCCCCUGUCCCUCCUGAGAGGACUGAGUUUUCGCUAGACCCAAACGACGAGGAGGGUACAACGUCGGGAGCGACGUCCGGCGAUGAUAUUUGGGGUACGCCGACCUCCGGAGGUCCCGAUGACGAGAGCUUUCCAACAAGUCCGCCACCGUCUUCUACCGUCAAUGCCAUUGCCUCUGGGGAAGACAACUACGGUCUUAAUCUAUCGAUGGAUGAUGAUCAGGACUUAGAUUCUGAAGGGAGAGAUGGGAUUCCGGCGAUAAAUAUGGACCAGCUUCUAACUGGAGGUGGCAUCAGUUCUUUGCGAUGUUCUAUCGCGAGAAGAAGACUGGAACCUCUGCUCGAAGAAGAAGACUGCCCUGAAAGCGAAAAGCAGCAAGUUGGGUGGUGGUGACAACGAUUAAAGGCUGAUUCAGGGGUUCAAGCUUUGCAAAGUAUCGAUUCUAACAGAGAUAUGACCCAGAGGGAAUUGAAUUUUGCAAAGUUAAGCCGCGAGGAUGUAGAGUUUAAGAGGAAGAUAUUAGACUUACACAGGAAACUGUCAUACGUUGACGAUGGCAGGGGAAGUUCAGGGUCACCGUCCAAAAAUCAAGAUUCGAACUACCAAGAACGAUUAGAAGCAAUAUCGACGACAAUGAAGAUUUCGGUCAGUCACAUCGAAGCCGAAGAGAAUUCCGAACAUGAGCAGAAUUCUAUGACACAAACGACGUGCACAGACGAAGAGCGAAAGUCCGAACAAUUGUCAACAGGAAAUUCGACGCAUGGUCAGUCUGCGGAAUUUGGGAAACCAUUAAGAGCUGAUCAAUGUAAUUCAGACAUUCACGGUUCUGCAUCGUCAGAAGCCAAUUAUCUCAAUCAUUCGAUGAUUAGAAGACGAAGUAUGAAGCUCUUGAGCUUUUUGAGCGGCAAAUCGUCCGACAAAUCACAAGAAGAACGCUCAGCUAAGCUGCUGAAGAUGUACAUGCCAGUGGAGAAGGAAACUAGACAACAAAAUACGAUAUCUAUUCACCAUACGUCCAGGGAUAGAAGGUUUUGGAAAUUAAGAAACCGUCGAAGGUCCAGCUCUGCGUGAAAUGUACAGAAAGUUUGUUAAAUAUUCUCUAAUCGUUGUCUCUCCAUGAAUAGGCCUUCCAAGAUGUUCGUGUUAUUAAAGUUUUAUGAAUUUUACAAGUAUCGAUUAAGGAUCUCAAAUUGUUUUCCUAGAAUUUAGAGACUAUUAAUGCAUACAGUUAACGAAAUAGAAGUCUCCCUAGUCUUACGGUAUUCCGACAUAAGUAAAGUACAUUGUUAUUCCCUCAUAAAAGUAUAUUACGGAGAUUCAAACGGGUCAUCACGUCGCGGUAGUGUAUGCUUGACGUUAAACAAUAUAAAUUUCAUUAAAACGUCUUUAAAAGUCGUAUACCAGGGCCUAGCAUGAUUGUUUUAUAAACUUAGUCAUAGUAGGAUCUUUUAUUUGCAGCUGCAGUAUCGUCAUAGUAUUAAUUUCAAUCUACCGUAUAGUCAAUUUAGGUCCGCACGACUGACCCAAUGCGGCACAUACGUCCUCAACUGCAUUGUGCUCGAAUGUAUUACAAAAUUCAAAUAAAACAUUCUAACAAAAGAUAAUUAUUACUAUUGAUAGUAGUCUGUGAAAAGCUGUACGAUAGACGGCAAAAUGCAAAUAAAUUAUAUUAUUUGUU